AGCUACUCCUUCAACUAGUAAACAAAUCUAGGGUUUUAGUCUGUGUUCCUUCAGCUUAUUUUCUCAGAGCCGAUUCCACAGUGAUUUACUUGUUCCUUUUGUUCUUUUGAUUUCAUUUCCUGUUUAAAAGGAAAAGCCAGUGCGAAUGCAAUGCUUGCUGUGAGAACUUAUCGCUUUUGAUUUCCAUGUCAGGGUAGUUGUUCUGGAACUGUUUUUUGCUGCUUCGAUUACUUUGACAAAAGUCAACCAGGUCUUGAGACAUACUUCUCAAAGUGGACAUGCAAACUAAGAAAAAAGCCUCCAGGCGAAAUGCCAGUCAAGAGUGUGGUAGUCGUAGGGUUUCAAGAGCACAGAAGAAGGUCUGUGAAAAUGGACAAGCAAUUGAAAAGAAAGUUACCGACUUAAUUACAUCAUCUGCUAGAAAGAAUAAAUCUUUUAGCACUCUUGAGAAUAAAGCUGGGGAGCCAACACCCUCACCGGAUUUUAGUAAUGGUUAUGACUUUGUGGACAACGGAACUUCCAAUACUUGUUUGGGAAAUGAUGCAGGUGAUGGUGCUUCAGUGGAUUAUUUGGGUUGUAACAAACAAGCUGUACAUCUGGAGUCUGGAACUAUAUUUUCUCCUGGGUUUCACUUAUCCAAAGGUUCCGGAGGUAAAUGACUUGAUUGUGUCAAAAUUUUUCAGAAUGAGGACCAAAAAAUAGAGUCACUACAGGAGGAUACAGUAGAUGGUCAUGUUAGUCAAGAAUCUGACACUGCAAUGGAAAUCGACACAAACAACUCAUCCAAUUACUCCAAGACACAGAAAUGCGGUGAUGAGAUGGUUGCUUUAGGCACACAAAAUGUGAAUGGUUGCAAUUCUGAUUUUGAUGGAAAUGGUCUUUCCUUGGAAGUUUCUGCCAUUUAUCUUACCAUGAAAAACUCAAAGCUUGAAUGUGUCGAUGAGCUUGGUCAGGAUUCUAUGUCUUCUGAUAUAUGCCAAAAUGAUGAUGAAUUUGAGGAAUUUGAUGAAUUCGACCCUUACUUAUUCAUAAAGACCUUACCAGACUUGUCAACGGUGGUUCCAACUUUUAGACGAUUGUUGCUACCUAAGCAGACACGGAGCUGCCCUCCUACUACUCUUGUGCUGGACUUGGACGAAACUUUGGUGCAUUCUACCCUAGAACCUUGUGAGGAUGUAGACUUCAGUUUUCCUGUUAAUUUUAAUUGUGAGGAGCACGUUGUCUAUGUACGAUGCCGUCCUCACCUCAAAGAUUUCCUCGAGAGAGUUUCUGGUCUUUUUGAGAUUAUUAUAUUUACAGCUAGUCAAAGUAUUUACGCUGAGCAACUUCUAAAUGUGCUUGAUCCAAAGCGGAAGAUAUUUCGCCACCGUGUAUACCGUGAAUCCUGUGUUUAUGUGGAGGGGAAUUACCUCAAAGAUUUAACAGUGCUUGGUCGUGAUCUGGCACAUGUUAUAAUUAUUGACAACUCCCCACAGGCAUUUGGGUUCCAAGUGGAUAAUGGAAUUCCGAUUGAGAGUUGGUUUGAUGAUUCUUCAGAUCAAGAAUUGCUUUUAUUACUUCCAUUCUUGGAGAGCUUGGUUGGAGUUGAUGAUGUCCGGCCACUGAUUGCAAGGAAAUUCAACCUCCGGGAGAAAAUUGCUGCAGCUGUAAUAUUCCAAUUACUACUUGAUGGCUUUUAUUUUCUUUUUUUACAAUUUUUAAUUGAUCAAACAAAGCAAUGGCCACCGAAGAGGUUGAUCGAAGUCAAGGCUGAGAGUAAGAACAAAGAGCUAAAGCACCUGGGCUUUGUGAGGAUUGCUGCCAUUGAAACUUUUGUAUUUGUCUCAUAUCUGUAUGAAUAUGCGAAGCAGAACUCGGGGCCUUUGAGAUCCGCUGUUGGAACGGUGGAGGGUACUGUAACCACCGUUAUUGGUCCUGUCUACAACAAAUUGAAGGGCGUCCCCGAUGAUGUCCUGUUUUUUGCUGACGAAAAGGUGGAUGAAGCUACUCAUAAGUUCGAUGAGCAUGCUCCUCCUUUUGCUAAGCACCUUGCCGGCCAAGCUAAGGGUUUGAUUCAAAAAGUGACUCUCGAGGCAGAGAAAGUUGUAAAUGAGGCUCAAUCUAGAGGACCACGAGCAGCUGUACAUUACGUUGCUGCAGAGUCAAAGAACUUUCUGCUAUUUAAUUCAGUGAAGUUAUGGACUGGGCUCAACCACUAUCCACCAUUCCAUGCAGUGGCAGAGAUGGCAGUUCCCACUGUUGCUCACUGGUCAGAGAAGUACAACCAUGUGAUUAAGGUCAUGACUGAAAAGGGUUAUAGUGGCUUUGGGUAUUUACCUUUGAUUCCCAUUGACGAGAUAGCUAAGGCAUUUAAGCAGGGAGAAGCCAACUUGAAAGGAGAUGAAGCUGCUACUGCUGAACAGAGAUCAAAAUCAUCAUCCCAUUCUGAUUAAGUUGAAUUAUACUUCUUUAUAAAAUUUGCUUGAGUGACCUUGCUUUGUGUUGAGACUUUGUUUGGGUAAUAUGAUUGUGACUAGAAAAAUAUUUGAAGUUUGUAAGACCGUGUAACUAAUCUAAGUAUGUAGAAAACAGUGAUUAUGUAAAUGGUGUGGUAAAUGGUCAUGAAGUUUGUUUCCUACUUUUAAAGCUUAUAAAAAGAUUGCAAGUUUUUUUUUUAGGGG